GGCCAGGCCUAACUGAUGGUCCGGCCCGAUUUGUUGUCACAAUUUUCCUUCGCAUUGCCUUCUAUUGAUGCUGUGUUGCAGGUGGAAACAUUUGGAGCAAUGGCGAAAACAGAGAAGAUAGGAUUCAUCCUUGAACAAGUUCGUUUGUGUUUGGACCGUCAAGAUUAUGUGCGAGCACAGAUCCUCUCAAGGAAAAUUAAUCCUCGAGUAUUUGAUGCAGAUACUUCCAAAGAGAAGAAAAAGCCUAAGGAAGGUGAUAAUAUCGUUGAAGAGGCUCCUGCAGAUAUACCUUCACUAUUGGAGUUGAAAAGGAUCUACUAUGAAUUAAUGAUCCGGUAUUACUCACAUAGCAACGACUACCUGGAAAUUUGUCGUAGCUACAAGUCAAUAUAUGAGAUCCCAUCUGUGAAAGAUGAUCCUUCACAGUGGAUUCCGCUCCUAAGGAAAAUUUGCUGGUAUUUAGUGCUGUCGCCAUAUGAUCCGAUGCAAUCAAGCCUUCUAAACUCUACACUGGAAGAUAAAAAUCUUUCUGAAAUUCCAAAUUUCCGCGUGCUAUUAAAGAAGCUGAUUACAAUGGAGGUGAUCCAGUGGACGGCUCUUUGGGAGACAUAUAAGGAUGAGUUUGAGAAUGAGAAGAAUAUGCUUGGAGGUUCUUUAUGUGACAAGGCAGUGGAAGAUCUUCGACAAAGAAUAAUUGAACAUAACAUCCUCGUUGUGUCAAAAUAUUAUUCAAGGAUUACAUUGAAAAGGCUUGGAGCGCUGUUGUGCCUCAGCUUACAGGAAGCAGAGAAACACCUCUCAGAGAUGGUCGUCUCGAAGUCUCUGGUAGCGAAGAUCGACAGGCUAAUGGGGAUAGUAUGCUUUCAGGUAGCCAAGGACAGCAAUGACGUCCUCAACUCUUGGGCAAUGAACUUGGAGAAGCUACUGGACCUUGUUGAGAAGAGCUGCCAUCAGAUACACAAGGAAACCAUGGUUCAUAAGGCUGCCCUCAAAGUCUAAUUGCCAAUUUCAAAAUCCCAAGGUAACUGGAAAAAAAGAGGAAGCCGCUUUCACUAGACCUUGGGAUCAAGAUAAUGAUGAUUUGGUUCUUUGUUUUGCCGGUCGAUUCCAGUGCGCACGUUUUUUCCUAUUUGUUUUGGUUGGGAUGUGUCAUUUUUUAUAUUUUUUUUUAUAUUUCUUUGUUUCCUUUUCUUUUCUUAAAAUUUAAAUCAUCGAUGUCCGAGGAUGCAAAAACCUUAUGGAUCAGCAAGAAGGGACGUUGAAUCUUAUAUGGCUCUUCCUAGUCAGACAGAUGCAGAUGAACCUACCAAUGUUGUAUACAAACACAGAGGUUUUGCCACUGUAUUGGUGAAAUUGGAAUUCGAUGUACUUGAGAUCGAGAGUCAUCUUUCAGGUUUAUUUAGUUGCCGUUAUGAUAUUCUCGGCCUAUUUUUUUCUCCAAAAUCAAAAGAGAUGUUAUAUCU